AUGAGGAAAGCUGCUGUGACAUUUGAUGACAUCACAUUGUAUUUGCUUCAGGAGGAAUGGAUGCUGCUAAGUCAGCCACAGAAUAUCUGUGGUUCUGACAAGCUGGUGGCACCACUGGGACUGACUACUGACAGCCCACAGCUGUUCCGUAAGUUUGAGCAAGGAGCAGAGCCAUGGCUUGGAAAUGUUUGGGGCCAGAGGAGUGUCAUGAUGUGUCACCCAAGGAAAAGCAAGAUGGAUUACAUGGAAGAACUAGAUGUGCACGGUGCAGCCCAAGAGACUGGACAGGGUUUGCCACCCCAGAAGAAAGCCUGUCUAUCAUGCUUCCGUGCUGAGAGUGGCGCCCUGGAGAUCAAGUGCACAGGAAAGAGCCAGUGGCCAGUGAAGGCCCAGUCCAUCCAGAAGUCGUGGUUUGCUCAGUUUCCAUGGUUGGUCAUGAAUGAGGAGCGGACGGCUCUGUUCAGUUCUGCUUGCCAGGAAUACCCAUAUGUCAGGGACAAACGAUCAAGGUUAACUGAAGGUUAUACGGGACCGUUCAAGGUGGAGACCCUCAAAUACCAUGCCAAGAGCAAGGCUCACCUGUACUGUGUCAGUGCCUACUGCAGGGGACCUGUUUGGGCAGCCUGUUUCCAGAGUGUCAGAGACACACCUGGAGAGGUGCUGACCAGCCCCGUGUGCCUCUUCCCUGCUGACUAUCCCACGUUGUACCUUCCCGGGCCUCUGGGAGACUACAGUGAUGUGGCCAGGCUCUUGCCAAGCUCUAGAACCGAGCUGGGGGACCCUGCAGUUUAUCUAGAUUGCAUCUCAGAGUUGAGGCAAAAGGACAUCGCUGAUGACAUCCACACAUCCUCAACCAUUAACAUUUUGUUUGAUGACUCUGCCAAAUUCAGUCAGGUCCUUUCUGAAGAGGGGCUCUUUGAGGAGGUUCCCAUGGUGUUUGAGGAGGUUGCAGUGUAUUUCAGCCGGGAGAAGUGGCGCUUGCUAGAUAAACAGCAGAAGGAACUGUACAGAGACGCGAUGCGGAUGAAUUAUGACCUGUUGGCGUCGCUGGGGUUCUUGGCAGCAAAACCAACCCCAGUUUUCUCCAAAGGCAAAAAGAAGAUGGUGGCAGUAAGAGAGGUAGAAACAAUGGCCUCAACUAUAGAAUCUGCACUGCUUCCAGCUCCUUCUAUGGACACAUGUGCCUCUUACCGCAACCCCAGCAUUUGUGACAUACAAGGAGACGGACCUAGGCAAAUGAGGAGGACACACUGACCUUGUUCAAUUCAGAGAGCUUGGUUUGGACAGUUCCCAUGGCUAGUGAUUGACCCCAAAGAGACCAAGCUCUUCUGCUCAGCUUGUAAAGCAACCCAUGACAAAUCAUCCCGGUUAGUCAAAGGUUACACUGAGCCUUUCAAAGUAGAAACUUUAAAGUACCAUGAGGUCAGCAAAGCACACAAGCUCUGUGUCAGCACUACAGGGGUCAAUGAAGAUGCCCCUCAGGCUUCCCUAGUCCCCGAGAUCUCCAGUGACCUGAUGACCAACAUGGGGCACUUUUUGAAUGCUGCCUAUUCCAUUGCAUACCACUCAAGGCUAUUGAAUGACUUUGAGAAUAUCCUACAGCUUCUCCAAAGCACUGGAACCAUGAUUUUAGGCAAGUACUGAAAUCACACUGCAUGCACCCAGUUCAUCAAGUACAUCUCUGAGACCCUGAAGAAAGAGAUCCUGGAGGAUAUCCAAGACUCCCCUUGUGUGAGCAUGUUGCUGGAUAGCACCAUGGAUUCCUUUCACUAGUCAUGUGUGGGGAUUUAUAUCCGUUCCUUGAAGGACAUGGAGGUGAAAGAGUCUUACAUCACUUUGGCCCCUCCAUACAAUGAAACUGUGGAUGGGUAUUUUGAAAACAUCAUUUCUGCCCUGGAUGAAAUGGAUAUCCCUUUCUGGAAGCCUGGCUGGGUAGUGGGCCUGCUGAGUUGCAAAGGAGGCCUUGUGGAGAAGUUGCGAGAGGUCAUCCCCCAGCUGUUGCCUGUGCACUGUGUGGCUCACCAGCUCCACCUGGCUGUGGUCGAUGCAUGUGGAAGCAUUGACCUGGUGAGGAAGUGUGACCGGCACAUCCGGACUAUCUUCAAGUUCUAUCAGUCCUCAAACAAAAGGCUCCAUGAGCUGCAGGAGGGCGCGGCACUGCUCGAGCAGGAGAUCCUCUGCCUGAAAGACCUGAACGCUGUCAGGUGGGUGGCCAGCAAGAGGCGGACGCUGAAUGCACUCCUUGUAAGCUGGCCAGCACUGGCUCGGCACCUGCAGAGCGUGGCUGAUGCUGGAGGCCAGAUUGGGCACCGAGCCCAAGGCAUGCUGCGGCUGAUGAAGAACUUCCACCUCGUCAAGUUCUGCCACUUCCUCCUGGACUUCCUGAACAUCUACAGACCUUUAUCUGAGGUGUGCCAGAAAGUAGUCGUGCUGAUCACGGAGGUGAAUACCACACUGACAUGGGCCUGCGUGGCCCUGGAGACCCUCCUGCACCAGGCAGGGCCCAAGGAGGAGGAGUUCAAUGCCAGCUUUCAGGACAGGCAGCUGCAUGGCAUCCCUCUAGGCAGGAAGGAGGUGGUGGAGCAGUGGUUCCAGGCAGACAGGGAGAGAGUGGUCCUGACUGGGAUCAAGUGCCUACAGCGGAGAUUUGAUGCAGAUUGUCCUCCACAGUUCAAGAACAUGGAAGUGUUCGAUACCAUGGCCUGGCCAGAUGGGAUGGAACUUGUCAACUUUGGGAACGAUGACAUUCUUGCCCUUGCCAGGUAUUUUUCACUCUCAUUCCCCACGGGGUACAGUGAGGAAGCUUUGCUGGAGGAGUGGCUGUGCCUAAAGGCUGUGGCCAAGAACCUCCCCUUCUCCAUGCUGUGUAAGAACGUGCUUGCCCAGCACUGCCCCUUCCCCCUGCUGAGCAGGCUGGUGGCUGUGGUGGUGUGUGUGCCCAUGUCCACGUCCUGCUGUGAACGUGCAUUCCAUGCCAUGACCCAGAUCAGGACUGAUGAGAGGACCAAGCUCUCCAAUGUGGUAGUCAACAUGCUCAUGAUGACAGCUGUAAACGGGGUGGCAGUCACAGAGUAUGACCCACAGCCAACCAGCCAGCGCUGGUACCUGACCUCGUCUGACCACCGCUUCAGGCAUGUCUAUACCUGUGCCCAAGUGCCUUUGUGCUCGCACACUGGGAGUGAUCAGCAUGGAGAAGUCCAUGACCAGAAGGUGCCCACCCAGCCUCACAGGGAGCCGGCAGAACUGCAGAAGGAUUGCGCUAUGGUAUCACCCAGCAGGCUUGUGCAUCCCCCCAACAGCUGUGUCAACAGAGAGGGGCUGGAGCCAGAGCAGGCAUGCUAG